UGGAGCCGCCUAUUGAACCUCCAAUGGAGCCGCCUGCUGAACCUCCAAUGGAGCCACCCACUGAACCUCCAAUGGAGCCACCCACUGAACCUCCAAUGGAACCACUUACCGAACCUCCAAUGGAACCACCUAUCGAGGCUCCGACGGAGACUUUGCCAGCAGAAUCUCCUGCAGAGACUUCUUCACAAGUCCCUGUGAAAACUACGCUUCCCUCUCUGCCACCAACAUCUACAAUGAAGUACGUGCUCAACCAGGAAGCUGCAGAGAAGUACUGGGCAACUGCUAAAUUUGAGACUACCGCAGCUCCACUUCCACCACAGCCACUGACGGAGGUGGAAACACCGCAAGAUGAACCAAAGGAAGCAACUCUAGAGAAGAAGCCUAUGGAGGAGGUCAGGCCAGAGAAACCUGUCGAAGAAGUAACCUGGAAAUACAUACACAACGAGGACGCUGCUCAAAAGUACUGGGCGACUGCCAAGUUCGAAACCACCACUGCUGUUCCGCUGCCUGCUCCAGAGCCUCUAACAAAAGCUCCAGCGUCAGCAACGAACGAGGUGGCUCAAGAGGAACCUGUGGCAGAAGUUACUCUUGAAGAGAAGCCGGCCGAAAAAACACCGGUAGCAGUGGAGACACCUUCGACGUAUAUUUUGAAUGAGGAGGCGGCCGAGAAGUACUGGUCUACGGCCAAAAUUGAAAGCACUACCGCUGUUCCGUCACCCGUUCUAGAACCACAAGCAUCAGAGGCUGUAACAGAUAUGUCCGAAACGGAAUCCUCACCUGUUGAAGAGAAAUCAGAUAAAGAAUUCACUAGUUAUGUUCUGAACGAGAAAGCAGCGGAAGCCUAUUGG